ACUGUUUGCUGAGCUUGAGCGUGAGCCCGCUGCUGAAGACUUGCGAACAGUUCGGAGCCAGCGAGAGCGCGCCAGAGAGAGCGAGAGUGAGGGAGUGAGUGCGAGGGGAUCUAGAGGAGUCAGGACGAGAAAGCGAGGGCCGGAGGACCCACGAUUGAGACAGAGUGACCAUGGCUGUCUCCGCAUCUCCAGUGAUCUCUGCAACUUCCAGCGGCGCCGGCGUCCCGGGGGGCUUAUUCCGGGCCGAAUCCCUGUACUCGACUCCAGGAGAGCCCCCUCGUCUUACUCCUAAUAUGAUCAAUAGUUUCAUGGUUAAUAACCACAGCAGCAGUGCCGGAGGCGGCGGCAGCGGCAACACCAACACCAACGAGUGCCGCAUGGUCGACAUGCAUGGGAUGAAGGUGGCUUCGUUCCUGAUGGACGGCCAGGAACUGAUCUGCCUGCCGCAAGUCUUUGAUCUUUUUCUCAAGCACCUGGUGGGAGGUUUGCACACUGUGUACACCAAGCUGAAGAGACUGGAUAUAUCCCCCGUGGUGUGUACUGUCGAGCAGGUCCGGAUCCUCCGCGGGCUGGGGGCCAUCCAGCCUGGGGUAAACCGCUGCAAACUCAUCACCAGGAAAGACUUCGAAACUUUGUUCACCGAUUGCACCAAUGCCAGAAGGAAGAGGCAAAUGACAAGAAAACAAGCUGUUAACAGUUCAAGACCUGGCAGGCCCCCUAAGCGUUCUUUGGGAGUGUUGCAGGAAAAUGCCCGCCUUCUGCCCCAUGCAGUCCCAGGCCUCUUAUCGCCAGGACUUAUCACUCCAACAGGUAUAACAGCUGCAGCAAUGGCUGAGGCGAUGAAACUGCAGAAGAUGAAGCUUAUGGCUAUGAACACUCUUCAGGGAAAUGGAAGCCAAAAUGGGACUGAAUCAGAGCCUGAUGAUCUUAAUUCUAACACAGGUGGAAGUGAAUCCUCCUGGGAUAAGGAUAAGAUGCAGUCUCCAUUUGCUGCACCUGGACCCCAACAUGGAAUUGCUCAUGCAGCCCUAGCUGGCCAGCCAGGCAUUGGGGGUGCGCCAGCCCUCAAUCCACUGCAGCAGAACCACCUGCUAACCAAUAGACUGGAUCUGCCAUUUAUGAUGAUGCCUCAUCCCCUACUUCCAGUCAGCUUACCUCCUGCAUCAGUUGCCAUGGCAAUGAAUCAGAUGAACCAUCUCAAUACUAUUGCCAACAUGGCUGCUGCAGCACAGAUUCACAGUCCACUCUCCAGAGCUGGUACCUCUGUUAUAAAGGAGCGGAUCCCAGAGAGUCCUUCUCCUGCUCCUUCUCUGGAAGAGAAUCAUCGUCCUGGGAGCCAGACCUCUUCCCACACCAGCAGCAGUGUGUCCAGCUCUCCCUCUCAGAUGGAUCAUCACUUGGAAAGAAUGGAAGAGGUACCAGUUCAAAUUCCAAUAAUGAAGUCACCCUUGGACAAGAUACAGCUGACUCCUGGGCAGGCAUUGCCCACUGGAUUCCCUGGACCAUUCAUUUUUGCCGAUAGUCUGUCCUCCGUGGAGACUCUGUUGACCAACAUUCAGGGUCUGCUGAAAGUUGCUUUGGAUAAUGCUCGCAUCCAGGAGAAGCAGAUUCAACAAGAAAAGAAGGAGCUGCGACUGGAGCUCUACAGAGAGAGAGAAAUUAGAGAAAACCUUGAAAGACAACUUGCAGUUGAGCUUCAAAGCAGAACUACCAUGCAAAAGCGCCUGAAGAAGGAGAAAAAAACCAAGAGAAAAUUGCAGGAAGCCUUGGAAUUUGAAUCAAAGCGCCGGGAGCAAGUGGAGCAGGCACUUAAGCAAGCCACCACUAGUGACAGUGGCCUGAGGAUGUUAAAAGAUACUGGAAUGCCAGAUAUUGAAAUAGAAAACAAUGGGACUCCUCAUGACAGUGCUGCUAUGCAAGGAGGUAACUAUUACUGUUUAGAAAUGGCACAACAGUUGUAUUCAGCCUGAAAGGUCCUCGCUGGCUUUACAUAAAUGAAGAUGCUUGUGAUUCCAGUUUAUCUCUGAAACUAUUCAACAUGGAGUUAUUUCAAUUUUGUUUAUCAGCAAAGCUUUGUUUACUGAAGGAGCUAUUUAAUCUAUGUUACGUUAAAAAAGAAACACGUGUACAUUUUAAAAGCAAUGAUGUAAACUUUGUUCUUGCAUUAGAUUGACCAGUUUAAAAAUAUGAAUGAAAUCCUAAUGGCUAAAGUAACUUGACCAUAUUUGAUGCUUUUCUAUGCUCAUUUCAACUUGGCUUUUUGUCUUUUAAAUUUAAAAAAAAAUGCAGUAGUGUGUUAGAGACUAGAAACUUAUAUGUAUGGUUUCCCUGUUCUACUAUAUAUAACGUUAAAGUACACCUUCUUUGUUAAAAAUGUACUUGCUAAACUGCAGCAUAAAUAAAAACUUUUUGACUUUG